ACCGAUUUCCGCAUUUUGAUCACCAUGGUCGUCCGUCUUCGUCUGGCCCGAUGGGGCCGCGUGCACUCCCCGUUCUACCGCAUCGUUGCCGCCGAUGCGCGCUAUCCGCGUGACGGUCGUCAUUUGGAGAUCCUCGGCACGUACAACCCGCUUGCAGCGACGGAUGGCGUGAAGGAACUGCGUGUGAACAACGACCGCGUCAAGUACUGGUUGAGUGUCGGCGCCCAGCCCAGCGACCGCGUGUCGUUUCUCUUGGGGCUAGCAAAUGUGCUACCGAUCCCGCCGUCUCGCGAAUACACGAAGAAGAACCAGUCGAAGCAAGAGGAGAAAGCAAAGUAGACAACGUCUUGCCUUUCCAGACUAGAACCACAACUGCACAUAAUCAGCUCUUAUCCUUCGUAUCAUACUAUCCACAUCUCG